AUGUUCACCAUAAAGCUACACCGUGGUGGAAAUUUUACCAAGCUUCCAAACACAAAGUAUGUUAAAGGUGAAGUGCGAUAUAUUGAUUUAGUAGACAUUGAUGAGUUCUCAGUUCAUGAACUAGACGCAAUGAUGCUAGAGCUAGGUUACUCUAUACCCCCAGUAAUAUAUUACCAUUUUAGGAUUCCUCAUGAAGACUUGGAUUUUGGUCUUAGAGCUCUAAGGAAUGAUAAUGAUGUCUUGAAUUUGGCUCAAUAUAUUGGAGAUAACAAGGUUAUUGAAGUGUAUACAGAACAUGGACAAACUAAUUUGCUGACCUAUUUUAUGUCUCCAAAAGGAAAGAAAAAAGUUAUUAUUAAGGAGCUUUAUGAUGGUGAUCUUCCAAAAGAAGCAAAUGUACCUCAAGUAUCAGCAAAGGAUAAAACCCAAUUAAUAGAUGAAGCUAAUGAUCAAACACAAUUGGCAAGUUAUAUGUCCUUGAUACUCUUUGACAGAGUCCCUACACAAGUUUCAUCUGAGUAUAAAAGAAAUGGAAGGGUGAACUCAAUAGUUGGUCAAAUUUCUUGUGCCAAGAAAAUUCGUUUAGUUGAAUUGAUUUAUAUAGUAGAAUAUCAAGGUGGUGAUCAUGCUAAAUUGGAUGGUGUUGUACAAAAUCAAGGUGGUGAGAAUCCUAAAUUAGAUGAUGUGGUACAAGAUCAAGCCGGUGAGCAUGCUAACAUGGAUGAUGUGGUACAAGUUCAAGAUGUUGAGCAUGCUAACAUGGAUGAUGUGGUACAAGAUCAAGGUGGUGACCAUGAUAACUUUGAUUAUGAUGACUUUCAUUAUGAGAACUUUUCUCAUGAUCACUUUGAUCCUUUUGAUGGAGAAGAUUAUCAACCACCAGAAGAUGAGAAUAUUGAAGACCAUCAGUCUGAACAUGAAAAGUCUGCUGACAGUGAUGAUCUUGGGAAACAAUCAGAAGAAUAG